CUGGAGACCAUUGGAAUUUUAGGUAGCUUUUUGAGGGAGGGAAAGGCUAUGGUGGGGCAAAGAGAAGAGGCCAAGGAACUGGACCUGACAAGUAGUACUGGAGAGAAGGGAAUGGGAUCAAGGAUGUGAUAAGACUGACAGAGUAUGGUUGAGGUGUUGAACUGAGCUGCCUUAUCCAUCUUACAAUGCAUCUCCCCCGGACAGAGCAUCACAUUGGGACCUUCUUCUUAACGGCGGUUAGUGGUUACGACGGCUUCUUCGAGCUGACGGCCAUCAUCCUGCUGGAUGGGCAGCAGAUGGCAUCUUACAACAGCACAGUUCGGGAGGUAGUUCUCAGUCUGAACUGGUUGUACCAGGUGGUGGGUGGGCAGCUGGUCCAGGAGAAGAAGGCAGAGCUGGAGCGCUACGAGAAGGAUUUCCGCUGGGGCAUGGAGAACUGGGCUCGGUACCUGAACCACAGCAGCCGGACCCAAACGGUUCAGCUGAUCAUGGGCUGUGAGCUGGACAGAGGCGUCCAGGUGGUCUCUCGCUUCAGGUUUGCCUACGAAGGGCAGGAUGUCCUUUGGUUGGAUGAGCUGAAGGGGACCUGGGUGACUGCCGGGCCCGCUAAGAAGCAGUUUCGGCACUUCUGGGAAGAGAGAGUCUUCUGGUCUCGGGUAGCAGAACACUAUGUGAGAGAGGAAUGUCCCUUCCUGAUGAGGAUGGUUCUUCACUUCUGGUACCUCAGAGAACACAUACCCCCGGAGGUGACCGUAACCCGCCACGAUGCCAAAGAUGGCCGUGUUAUUUUCAUCUGCCUGGCCACCGGCUUCUACCCCAGCUCCAUCCUGCUGCGCUGGGUGAAGGAUGGGGAGGUGGGGCUGUGGGGCGACGAGAGCUCCAGCGGGACCCUUCCCAACGCCGACUUCUCCUUCUAUGUGCGCCAGACACUGGAAGUACAGGGAGAGGUUGGGGACUCUGGCUAUGCCUGCGUGGUGGAGCACAGUGCCCUGGAUGGGCCCAUCUUCUUCCCAGCCCCAGAGAAGUCUUCCUGGCUGAUGCCAUGGGACCAGGCCCUGGGUGUGAUGGCAGCCGCUGCGCUGGUGCUGAGCCCAGCUGUGGGCAUCAUCAUAUGGAAGAAGAAGAAAACAGAUUCAGAGGAACAGAUCACUGCCUCAGAGAAGGAGAUGACAUCCCUGGAUUGUCCUGAAGUGCAUCCUCCAGAGCCAACCAAUCCCAAUGUCUCCCUCGCCCCGGAUCCUGGCGCAGGGACAGGUGUGUCCUCUACCACCUAGAUUGCGAGCCCCUUUUGGGCUGUGCCUGGAUCUUCACUGAUUUAGCAACGAUUGUCCGAGUCUACCAUAGUGCUUUGCCCAGUGUAAAUGCUGAAUGAAUGUCACUGACAACAACCUGAAUCAAAAUAAUAAAGUUGAACCUCUCAUG